AUGGAUCUGGCCUCAGUCCAUGAUCUCAAAGACGUUCUUCGUCCAGACUUCUUUCAUGGCUACGCCACAGCCGCAGCCCAGAUCGAAGGGGCCUGGAAUAAAGACGGCAAGGGCGUCUCAAUCUGGGACACAUUCGGCCAUACACCAGGCAAAGUAGCCGACGGUAGCAAUGCCGACGAUGCGACCCGAGCAUAUGACUUCUAUCGCGAAGACGUCGCAUUGAUGAAAACCUACGGCGUCAAUGCAUACAGAUUUUCCCUCUCCUGGUCACGCAUUAUCCCGCUCGGGGGUCGCGAUGACCCUAUCAACGAGCAAGGAAUUCAGUACUACUCCAACCUGAUUGAUGAGCUUCUGCGCCAUGGAAUCACGCCAUUUGUCACGCUCUUCCACUGGGACAUCCCGCAGGCCUUGGAGGACCGGUACGGCGGUAUGCUAAAUCAGGAAGCGUAUACGCCUGAUUUCGUGAGAUACGCUCGCGUGUGCUUCGAACAUUUCGGCGAUCGCGUGAAGCACUGGAUUACUUAUAACGAGCCCGGCGUGUAUACCCUUGCGGGAUACGCGGCUGGGGUGCAUGCGCCCGGGCGCUCUUCUUUCCGCGAACGCAAUACCGAGGGCGACUCGUCAACGGAGCCGUUUAUUGUCGCUCACACGGAGCUAGUCUCCCACGGACAUGUCUCGAAGCUGUAUCGUGACGAGUUCCAGCCGCAGCAAGGGGGUACUAUUGGCAUUACGUUACACGGGAACUGGUCGGAGGCGUGGGAUGAUGAGGAUGAGCGGGAUCAGGAGGCGGCGCAGCGGGCGCGCGAGUUUGAGAUUUCCUGGUUUGCUGAUCCGGUUUAUAAGACUGGGGACUACCCUGCUUCAAUGCGUGCGCAACUUGGAGAUCGGCUUCCGCGGUUCACGGAGGAAGAAUCCAAGCUUGUGCUUGGCAGCUCGGAAUUCUAUGGGAUGAAUAGUUAUACGACCUUUUUCAUGAAGCAUACGGAUUCGCCGCCGGAUAUCAAUGAUCAUAAGGGGAAUGUGGAGGUUCACGACGAGAAUAAGCAGGGCGUUCCUCGUGGUGAGGAAAGCGAUACUGAGUGGCUGAGAGCAUCGCCGGAAGGAUUCCGGAAGCUGUUGAAUUGGAUCUGGGACAGGUACCAGACUCCGAUAUACGUGACUGAGAACGGCACCACCGCAAAGGGCGAAGUUUCACCCACGCCAGAGGUCUUGAAUGACACGUUCCGCAUCAAGUUCUUUGAGGGUUAUGUGGGAUAUGCUCUGGCUCGAGCUGUGAAGGAAGAUGGUGUUGACAUUCGGUCCUAUUUUGCAUGGACAUUCACAGAUAACUGGGAAUGGGCUGCUGGAUAUGCCGAUCGUUUUGGGUGUACUUUCAUUGAUUUCGAAUCAGAGGAAAAGACCCGUCACCCCAAGCAGUCUGCCUACUACCUGGAUCGUCUGUUUAAGCACCUGGUUCGUGAGCAAUAG